CAAAGAUAAAAAGCCCAUAAUCAUCACCACCAAAAGCCCCCUCCUCUUCCCUUUAAUUCCCUCUCUACCAUAACAUUAAUCUCAAACCAAAAUAAGGAUAAAGCUUUUUCCCUUGCUAAAUUUCAAGUCUUUCAACUUUCUUUCCCUUUUCCAACUAGCAAUGAUCGUCCCCGUUACUUCUCCUCAGAACAACCCUAACCCGAAAUCCGACAACCUUAACAACAACGGCAACAACAACAACAACAACAAUAGUACUACUGCCGCUAACAUCAUCGGCUUUCACAGCCCGACACAUAUUCCGAACCUCUGCUACGAACCGACAUCGGUUCUCGACCUCCGCCGGAGCCCGAGCCCGGUGGGAGGAAAGCCGGCCCAGCCAAAUGAUUCUCUCGAGUGGGAAGAGCAGUUUCAUUACUUGGAUUGGGACUCCCUCAUGAGAGAAUUGGGCUUGCAUGACGAUUCUGCCCCAGCCUUCAAGACUGCUACAACUAAUACUACUAAUUCUUUUGCCCAUCAGUUGAACCCUAAUUGCGACCCCCACAUAAUUCCCCAUUUCUCGGAGCUGAUCUCGCAUCAUCAGCCGUUCGAUCCCACACAGCUGGUUCAUCAUCAUCAUCACAAUCUCAACUUCUCCGAGAUUAAUCUCGGCGAUCACAACCUCAACCUCUUCGAUACGACGUCGUCCGGGGAAUUCCACAACCGUGGUAAUAUCAACGUUGGGUUUGAUUUCGUCGAAGACCUAAUCCGAGUCGCCGACUGUUUCGACUCGGACAACUCGCAACUCGCUCAGGCGAUACUCGACCGGCUCAACCAGCGCCUCCGGUCGAACACCUCCCCAGUCGGGAAACCAGUUGGUAGAGCGCUCCAGCGAGCCGCUCUCUACUUCAAAGACGCUCUCCAGUCCCUCCUCUCCGGUUCGAACCGGACGGCCCGGCUUUCUUCAUGGUCGGAGAUCGUCCAAACCAUCAGAGCCUACAAGGCCUUCUCCGGAAUCUCUCCGAUCCCGAUGUUCUCCCACUUCACCACCAACCAAGCCCUCCUCGAAGCCCUCAACGGUUCCGCCUUCAUCCACGUCGUCGAUUUCGAUAUCGGCCUCGGCGGCCAGUACGCCUCGCUCAUGAAGGAGCUGGCCGAGAAAUCCGAGUCCCUCAGACUCAGCCCUCCGGUGGUCAGAAUCACCGCCAUCGUCCCGGAGGAGUACGCCGUCGAGAGCAGGUUGAUCAGAGAGAAUCUCUCUCAGUUCGCUCAGGAUUUGAAGAUCAGAUUCCAAAUCGAGUUCGUCCUCUUCCGAACCUUCGAGGUCUUGUCCUUCAAGGCGAUCAAAUUCAUGGAAGGCGAGAAGACGGCCGUGCUUCUCUCCACGGCCGCGCUCCGCCGCCUCUCCGUCGCUGGAUUUCUCACGGACGUGAGGAGGAUCUCGCCUGCGGUGGUGGUGUUAGUCGAUGCCGAGGGUUUGGGGGAGGAGGUCGGUGCGACGACGUCGUUUCGGAGGAGCUUUGUCUGCGGCCUCGAGUUCUACUCCAUGGUGAUGGAGUCGCUCGACGCAGCGAUGGUGGGCGGCGACUGGGUAAGGAAGAUAGAGACGUUCGUUCUGCGGCCGAGGAUGGCGGCCGCGGUGGAGGCGGCAGCGGGAAGGAAAACGGCACCGUUUCGGGAGAUGUUCCACGGCGCCGGAAUGAGGCCGGUGCUGCUGAGCCAGUUCGCGGAUUUUCAGGCCGAGUGCUUGCUUGGAAAGGUACAGGUCAGAGGCUUCCACGUGGCAAAACGACAGGCCGAGUUGGUGCUUUGCUGGCACGAUCGGGCCCUUGUUGCCACGUCAGUUUGGAGGUGUUAGAGGGACUUACUUAUUUUAUUUAUUUUAAUUAGCUAAGAAAAAAAUAGCCCAAAUAUAGUAUGGAAAAAAAAAAAUGGGAUGUAAUUAAUUGUAAUUUUGAGUCAUCCGUAACCAUGUGUUUUGUAGCUGGUGUUCUUGUGUAGUUGGAGAGGAGUAGGGGGUGUCCCAAUCCUUUUGAUGUUUUAUUUUUGGAAGUUUUUGGUUUGUUUUUUUUAUAAAAAAAAUUAUGAAUAGGGUGACUACACAAUUAUUGGGUGAAAUCGUAUAUACCUAAUUAUAUCU